AUGGCUUCCGAUUCCUCCUCUCCACCUCCGCCGACCUCAUACGGCUACGAUUCCUUCAUAACCCCUGCACCGAGCACGUUCCUCUCACGCGCCGCCGCCAGCUCCACCUCCCUCUACGCCACCCGCCGUCCAUGGCGCGAGCUCGUCAGCCUCUCUUCUUUCGCCCGCCCUUUCUCCAUCGGAGAAGCCAUGGUCCGAAUCAAACGCAACCUCGCCUAUUUCCGCGUCAAUUACGCCAUGGCUGUCCUCUUCAUCCUCUUCGUCAGCCUCCUCUGGCACCCUUUCUCCAUGAUCGUCUUCCUAAUCGUCUUCGUCGCCUGGCUCUUCCUCUUCUUCCUCCGCGACGAGCCCCUGGUGCUCCUCCGCCGCACCGUCGACGAUCGCAUCGUGCUCGGCCUGCUCGCCGUCGUCACCGUCGUCGCCUUGAUCUUUACCGGGGUGUGGCUGAACGUGUUGGUCUCCGUGUUGAUUGGACUCGCGAUUGUCCUGUUGCACGCCGCGUUUAGAGGGACGGAGGAUUUGUAUGUGGACGAGGUAGACGCCGGUGGGGGUGGGCUGCUCUCAUUCGUCGGCGGGAGCCCUACCAAAACUGGUUACUCUCCCAUUUGA